AUGGGUACCUAUCGCGCGCACCGAGUUCUCGGACGGCAUGCAGCGUGGGCGCUUGUGGUUCUGAUCUGGCAGUGCAGGCCCUGCGGCUUUGCACCCAGCGUGAGCUCAUUGAAAGCUUCCUCGUUGCAGGUCGUGCCACUUGCCGUUUCUAGACUCAGACCAGUGCGCCUACAAUCUUGGGCCCGUCGCGCAGCUGGUGCGGGGAACGAGGUGGAGGGAUUUCUGCUGGAGGAGAAGUUGGGUGCUGGUUCAUUUGGCACCACAUGGCAGGCCAAUGUCACUGACCGCUGUGAGGUUCCCAACUUGUCGCCGGGACAGAAGGUGGCUCUGAAGCUGGUUAGGCUGGAGGAAGGCUGGGCCACAUUGGACAAGUUUGAGCGUGAAGCUUCGGUACUGCAGAGGCUGCAGCAUCCGGCAGUUCCCUCAUACUUUGGCAGUGUGGUCAAGGACCGUCCAGAUGGUCAAGACUUCGGCUUAGUGUCCAACAUCGUCAAUGGAAAGACGUUGGAAGAAGAGCUUCGUAGUGGUCACUGGGUCGCCACCGUGGAAAAUGUGAAGAUGCUAGCAGACACCCUCUUGGACGUGUGUGUCCAUUUGGCCAGCUUUGCACCUCCGAUCGUCCACCGAGACAUCAAGCCUCAAAACAUCUUGCUGGAGGCGACGUCCAUGGAUGCGACGGAGAAGCCGAGAUGGCGUACGUACCUGGUGGACUUCGGCUCCGCCGUCCUGGGAUCAGGAACCAGGACUGCUGAGGGUACCUUCGGAUACAUGGCACCAGAAUCAUUUGGUCGGAUCUUCACUCCGAAGUCCGAUCUUUACAGUGUCGGUGCUACAUUGUUGUAUGCGGCGACAGGUUUGGAGCCUGGAGCACUGCCUCAAGAACGCCUCAAGGUGAAGUUUCGCACAGCUUUUGUUGGCACUGUGUGGGAGAGACAGGAGGGUUGGUUGCUGGAGCUGUUGGAGAGGCUGCUUGAGCCCGCGCCCGAAGAUCGCUUCAGUUCUGCUGCGGAGGCCCUGGCAUUCUUGCGCCAGCCGUGGCAGCCAGAGGUCUCCAUUCAGAUGGGCCAGCUGCCUGGGGUCAUUGCCAAGAAGCAGGCCACCGUGGAGCCUCCGCGUGGGUCCCGAAUUAGUGUGGACCGGCAAGGAGACCAGCUCAGGGUUUUGCUUCCGCCCGUAACAUGGGAAUCACGAGCUUCGAUCGGCGCCUUUGGAAUCGCCUGGACUUCAUUUACUGCUGUGUGGACAGCAGGGGUCAUAGCUGCUGGUGCCUCGUUUAUGGCACUCUUCAGUCUUCCGUUCUGGACUGCAGGUGCUGGCAUGCUGAAGGACACAUUCGGCCCUCUAUUGAGGGGAGCGGCGGAGUUGCAGAUCCGCCGUGACCGGUGGAUGCUGAGCCGGGUGAGUGGCAAGGUGCUCGAGGAAGGCAGAACGGCCGAUCUUCAGUGCGUAAUUGCACGAAGUCCCAACACUGGAGGCUUGAACGUCGUGUUGCAAGAGGGCCUUGUGAGCGUGACGGUGUCUUGA